AUGGCGGAUCUAAUUCUUGAUCGCGCCACGCUUUUUAUACGAGAAACAUACCAUGACAUAUAUCCAGAUGAAGUUCCUGAAGUUGAAUAUUUCACGGGACGUCCUCUUAACUUAACUGAAGAGACAGAAUUAAUUGAUGAACACACAUCAGCAGAUGGACACAGAAUUGUAUGUGCUAAUGAAAUAUUUGAGGAUAGUAAUGGCAUGCGUUUCAGAGUUAUCGAUGUACUUGGUAAUGGCACAUAUUCAUAUGUAUAUAAAUGUCAAGUUGUUACAGAACCAACGCGCUUUGUCGCCUUAAAAAUACUCAAAAACCAACCUCAAUAUCGCGCUACUGGUAUAGCUGAAAUUAUGAUUCAUCAACAAAUGCAAAAAGCACCGGAUAUGGACGGAAAACAGCAUGUUGGAAAUCCAAUCUCUACGUUCGAGAUCAACGGGCACAUAUGCAUGGUUAUGGAUCUAUUACAGCGAUCACUUUUCGAAGGUAUUGGACAAGACGACCCGCCUUUAGUGCUUUUAUCGACAAUUAGAACUAUUUGCACACAGUUACUUAAAGCCCUUAAUUUUGUUCAUAAUAAUGGCAUUAUUCAUUGCGAUGUAAAACCAGAUAAUAUCAUGUAUUCAAACGAAUCAAACGAUAAUAUUUUACUUAUCGAUUUUGGAUCCGCUACAAACCAACCACCACAGAUUGGGCAAUAUAUUCAAUCCAGAUUCUACAGAAGCCCUGAAAUUAUGUUGGGUUUGCCUUACGAUCAAAAAAUAGACAUAUGGAGUGUAGGAUGUAUUGCUGCGGAACUUUACCUUGAUUUUGCUAUAUUCGCAUGCGAUUCUGAGAUAGAUUCCAUUCAUUCUAUGGUCGGACUACUCGGUCCAAUAGAUCAAUCGAUCAUUGCCAAGUCCAGAGGAUGGUGGAAAUUCUACGAUAUGACUCCUGAGGGAUAUACCCUUAAAAUGGACCCAAUUGACGUUUUAAUGAACAGACAUCUUUACCAUGAAACAGUUUUUGAGGUAAUUGGAGUUAGACCACUCCACCAAAUGCUUUUGGAUCAUUUUCCAUUAACUUCUGAUGAAGAAUUUGAAACUUUAAAUACAUUUAACCAUUUCGUUCACUCGUUGCUGAACUUUGAUCCUGAUCAAAGAUUAACAGCAGCUCAAGCUUUACAACAUCCAUUUAUUACGGAAGAAAAACUUCCAGAUGAUUGGGAACCUCCUGCUGAAACAAUGUACGAAGGAGAGUCCAUCGGAGAAUCACAGUAUCAAGGACAUCAAGAUACAGAUUUUAUUUCUUUGUUUUAA